CAGUCACAGCCAAUGAAGUGCAAGCAACGAGUCCAGAAGAGGUUGCUUUUUCUGCCGUAGAUGGUAUCGAACCAAGUAGAAAGUUGAAAACUGGCGAUAUAUGAUCGAAAAUUGUGAUUAGAAUGAAUGGAACAGCAUAUUCAAAUUUUGACAAUCAAGAACACGUUCUCAAACUAGGCGAAACUUUUGAGAAACAACCUAAAAGUGCAUUCCACACUGUACGAUAUGAUUUCAAACCAGCCUCCAUUGACACUACAUGUGAGGGCGAGCUUGAAGUGGGCAAAGGAGAGCAAGUUACAAUCACACUGCCUAACUUGGAGGGAUCCACAGCUCCUGUUACAGUUUUUAAAGGGUCCAAAAGGCCUUAUAUGAAAGAAUGUAUUCUCAUUGUAAACCAUGACACAGGAGAGUAUCGUCUGGAGAAACUCAGCAGUAACAUAGCAGUCAAGAAGACCAGGGCUGAGGGAAGCAGUAAGAUUCAGUCACGCCUGGAGCAGCAAACUAGCCGGCUUAGUCAACAGAUGAAGACUGGUAAUGGCAACAGGGCUCCAUCCAGCACCAAGAACUCUCCUCCUAAGGAGAAAAUGUCUCCGUCGUCCCCCAUGGAUGAUAUUGAGCGAGAGCUCAUGGCUGAGGCGCGUGUCAUGGAUCAGAUGAGCAGUGGAGACAGCUCCUCCGAUUCCCACAGUUCGUCAUCCAGCAGCGAGGACAGCUCCAGCAGCAGUGACUCGGAGGAUGAGGGUCGACCUCCGCCCAGUGGAGCCCCAGCCCCCCCUCAUAGCACAUCAGCACUCGCUACAUCUCAAAGUCGUGUGGAGGAGGGCAGUGGGCAUUUAAUGAGCACACUUAAGAAUGAUCUCCAGCUGAGUGAGUCUGGGAGUGAAAGUGAUGAUGACUGACCACAUUGAUGAAGUAUUGGACAACCUUCUUGACUUAGAUUAGAUACCAAAAAGGUCCAGGAGGUCCGGAUUUAUCUGUUCAUAAGUUAAAACUUCAUGUGGUUCCUAAAUCAAAUUCCCUAUCAACUUUUCAGUUAUUAAACAUUUUCUUUCUGCCAGUUUCUUAAUCAGUAAUACUUGCAUCAGCACAAGCUGUGCUGUGUGAUUGGAUACAAAGCAGGAGGAUUUGCUGUAUUAGUAAAUUAAGUAUUUAUUUAGUUGAGAAUGCUACUGAGUUUUACAGGGAUAUCCUAUAGUUGCUUCUUCAGAGUUCUAGUAAUAUAUGUUUAGAAAGAGCAUCCUCUCAGUUAAGAGAUGGCAUAUGAUCAUCAUGAAAUGUCUUAUUUUUUGAGGCUCUGCAUGGUUAAGUCCAAAUGAUUCAGCUGCAUAGUAUAAGGAGUCUCAAGGAGGAUUAGUGCAUUACUGAAAUAGAUAUUUGUGCUAUAAAGGUGCCAAGCUGAACUCUCUGCGAUAUUUACACAUUACCCAAACUGCAAUACUUGAAUUUUUCUUGUGCCUUGUUUAGGUUGUCUAUUUUAAUCAUCCUUCACAUUCUCAUAAGCACAGUACUAAUAAAUGGGGUUUCUCAUGCAUUUAAGUAUACCCAUUUUUUUAGAUUCUCACUUGGAUUCCUUAAGAUGUUAUCUGCAUUUAGAGGUAGAAGCCUAUAUGUUGUUUAUUUCUUACUGUAUGCCUCCGGCAGGCCAAAGAGCAACACACAUUUAAAGGAUAUCAGCCAACUCUUCUUGAGCACUAAUUACCAAAUAUUACAUGCCAUGCUAUGUGUUAUAGCAGGGAUGACAGAUGUGGGAAAUGUAGUCAAAUGUAAGUUGUUUGAACAUUAAUAUUGUGUGGAGAUCAAUAAAGAUGUUUUGUAAAGUUAAUAUAAUAAUUAUAUCACCUACUUCAGCAGUCAA